CUCUGGUCACGUGAUCGCGGCGGGCAUCAGCUGACCCGAGAGGGUUUGAAGCGGCACCGCGAGGGAGCGAGGCCGCAGCAGCAGGGGCGGCGGGCGCUCGGACCCCGGCUGCCCCGCCGCGCCCCGCCCCGGCAUGGCAGCCCCCGUGGGCCGGCGGGGCUCAGAGACCGAGCGGCUCCUGAGCCCCAGUCCUGGGUAUGGCACCCGGGCCGGGGCCUCCCCCACCCCUCCGGAAGAGGAGGACCUCCGCCGCCGGCUCAAGUACUUCUUCAUGAGUCCCUGUGACAAAUUUCGGGCCAAAGGCCGCAAGCCCUUCAAGCUCAUGCUGCAAGUCGUGAAGAUAUUGGUGGUCACCGUGCAGCUCAUCCUGUUCGGGCUCAGCAACCAGCUGGCAGUGACGUUUCGGGAGGAGAACACCAUUGCCUUCCGCCACCUCUUCCUGCUGGGCUACUCGGAUGGGGCGGACGACACUUUCGCGGCCUACACGCGGGAGCAGCUCUACCAGGCCAUCUUCCACGCCGUGGACCAGUACCUCCUGCUCCCUGAUGUGUCGCUUGGCCGGUAUGCCUAUGUGCGAGGCGGGGGUGGCCCCUGGGCCAACGGCUCGGCCCUGGCCCUCUGCCAGCAGUACUACCACCGAGGCCACGUGGACCCAGCCAACGACACCUUUGACAUCGAUCCCAUGGUUGUCACUGACUGCAUCCGGGUGGACCCCCCCGAGAGACCCCUUGUGCCCCCCAGUGAUGAUCUCUCCCUCUCGGACGGCAGCGCCAGUUACAAGAACCUCACGCUCAAAUUUCACAAGCUGAUCAACGUCACCAUCCGCUUCCAGCUGAAGACCAUCAAUCUCCAAAGCCUGAUCAACAAUGAAAUUCCCGACUGCUACACCUUCAGUGUCCUGAUCACUUUUGACAAUAAGGCGCACAGUGGGCGUAUCCCCAUCAGCCUGGAGACACAGGCCCAUAUCCAGGAGUGUAAGCAUCCCAGCGUCUUCAGGCAUGGAGACAACAGCUUCCGGCUCCUGUUCGACGUGGUCGUGAUUCUCACCUGUUCCUUCUCCUUCCUGCUGUGCGCCCGCUCGCUGCUCCGUGGCUUUCUGCUGCAGAACGAGUUUGUUGGGUUCAUGUGGCGGCAGCGGGGACGGGUCAUCAGCCUCUGGGAUCGGCUGGAAUUUGUCAACGGCUGGUACAUCCUGCUGGUCACCAGCGAUGUGCUCACCAUCUCGGGCACCAUCAUGAAGAUAGGCAUAGAAGCCAAGAACCUGGCGAGCUACGACGUCUGCAGCAUUCUCCUGGGCACCUCCACGCUGCUCGUCUGGGUCGGCGUCAUCCGCUAUCUGACCUUCUUCCAUAAGUACAACAUUCUCAUUGCCACACUGCGGGUGGCCCUGCCCAGCGUCAUGCGUUUCUGCUGCUGUGUGGCUGUCAUCUACCUGGGCUAUUGCUUCUGUGGCUGGAUUGUGCUGGGGCCCUACCAUGUGAAGUUCCGCUCGCUGUCCAUGGUGUCGGAGUGCCUGUUCUCGCUCAUCAACGGGGACGACAUGUUCGUGACGUUCGCCGCGAUGCAGGCUCAGCAGGGCCGCAGCAGCCUCGUCUGGCUCUUCUCCCAGCUCUACCUCUACUCCUUCAUCAGCCUCUUCAUCUACAUGGUGCUUAGCCUCUUCAUCGCGCUCAUCACUGGCGCCUACGACACCAUCAAGGUCAGCGCCGGCCCGCAUGCCUCCCCCCACCUGUCUCCAUGGAGGGCCAAGCCUCACGGAUAUACAGCCCUGAACCUUGGGCUCCGGGUCCCUUGGAGUUGGCCCCGGCAGGGUCUCAGGGGGCAUGAGGCAGGGCGAGGAGGGAAAGAUCCGGGGAGAGAAGGUGGGAGACUGAAAAGCCGGAAGGGGCGAGUGGGGCGUGCUGACCACAGCUGCCACAUUCUCAGUUUUAUCAAGGUAGGGCUGUGGCCAGGUCGGGUUCCCUUGUCUUUUACCGACAGGGAAACCAGGGUGUACCGUUUUAGUGACUUGCCUGAGGUCAGCUGCUAAGGGGUAGAGCCAGAUGCAACCCAGGACUGUGUGAUUCCGGAAUCCCGAAUCCUAUACAUGUCCUGUACUGUGGCCUGGGUGGGAGCUCUUUGGGUCCAGGGAGUGGUGGUGGCCCGCACGCUGCAGGCGUCAGAGGAGAGAGGUGUUGGAGUAGAAUGUGAGGGUGGCAAGUACACACGAUUCUUUUGCAAAUGUGUGUUUGAGGGCCCUGGGCUGGGUAUCUGGGAAAUGUGGUAUAUACAGACGAUGUCAGACCAGUAGGCAAGAUGGGUGAUCUGUGAACAGAAGUGUGAUGACCAAUUCGUGAGAGGGGUGAAGGUUACAGAGGGAUCCCCUGCUUUAGACUGGUAUUGGGGUGAGUCCAGGAAAGUCUAGAAUGUGCCAAUACUGGUCCUAGCCACAUGUGACUGUUCAAAUAUUGACUUGAAUUGAAAUGAAACACAAUUCCAUAUUCAGUUUCUCCUCACACCAUUCACCUGUCAAGUGCGCAAAGGUUUAUACAGCUAGUGACUACCAGAUCAGAUGGCACAGAUAGCAAACUCUCCUGUAUCAGAAACUUCUGGAUUGAGAGUCCAGGAGAGAGCAUGAGGGAGAAGGAACAGCCGAAGGCCGGUAGCCAGAAAGGACUUGGGGAU